AUGGGUCUUGCGUGGAACUCUAGAGCAAAAUCAGUGGGUCUGUCUGACCAAUCUUCUGAGAACUCCAAGCUUGAAAAAGUACAUGUUGUUAACACAGAGCUAGACGAAUUGGAAUCUUCGUCUUCUGAGAAGCUUUAUGAACAAACAGGUUACGAAUGUCGUCACCAUUUCGACCCAGAUUUCACCUGGACCGAAGCCGAAGAAAAGAAAGUAGUUAGAAAAAACGACUGGUACGUCACCUUCUGGGCUUUUGUUAUGUUCACCGCCUUAGAUUUUGAUAGAAACAACAUUCAGCAGGCAUUAUCUGACGAUAUGCUUACAGAUCUUGGUUUGACCACCAAUCAGUUGAAUCUCGGUAACACUAUUAACUUGGUUUGUUUUUUGAGUGCUGAAUUGCCAUCGCAGUUGAUCUCGAAGAAGAUUGGAGCUGACGUCUGGAUUCCUAUGCAAAUGAUCUUGUGGUCUGUUGUGUCAAUGUCCCAAUUUGCUAUCAAAGAUGUUCAUGGAUUCUAUGCUACCAGAGCUCUUUUAGGUGCUUUGCAGGGUGGUUUCAUUUGUGAUGUCUGUCUCUGGAUGAGUUACUUUUUCACUUCUAAAGAAUUACCUUUCCGUUUAUCUCUCUUCUACAUUGCCAACCCCAUGACUGCCGUGUGGUCAAGUUUGCUUGCUUUUGCUGUCUUGAAGGUCAAGACUAAGUCUAAUCCUGAAGGCUGGAAGUGGUUAUUUUUGAUUGAAGGUACUUUCACCUUAGUCGCUGGUAUUGCUGCCUUUUUCAAGAUGCCUGCCUCACCUGUUCAGACUAAGACAUGGUAUAGAAAGAAGGGUUGGUACACCGACAGAGAAGAAAAGAUUGUUGUCAACAGAGUCUUAAGAGACGAUCCAGAAAAGGGAAGUAUGCAUAAUCGUGAGCCUGUUGGGCCCAAGGAAUUGAUAGGUGCUGUUUUCGACUACAACCUUCUUCCAAUCUACAUUAUCCGUAUUCUUGGUGAUAUCGGCACUGCACCAAUCGCCACUUAUCUUCAAUUGGUUCUUAGAGGUAUGGGAUUCUCCACAUUCAAGACAAAUGCUUUGACCAUCCCAUACAAUGUUCUUUCCGUCAUAACUAUGUUGCUCACAGGGUUCUUCUCCGAAAAGUUGAACACCAGGGCACUUAUGAUUGCUACCACGCCUUUGUGGAUUAUCAUCUGCCUUUUCCCAUUGAGAUAUUGGCCAGGAGCACAAAAAGAUAUCUGGGGAUCUUUUGCCCUUUUGACUGUUCUUCUUGGCCAUGCUCCAAUUUGGCCCCUUACUAUUUCAUGGUGUUCGGCCAAUUCUAACGGUGUCAGAAGUAGAGCUGUUUCUGCUGCCGUGGUUAACAUUUUUUCGCAGUCAGCUUCAAUCAUAGCUGCUAACAUCUACAGAAAAGAUGAUGCCCCACUUUACCACCGUGGUAACGUCGAUCUUAUAGGUAUUGCAUUUGGUGCUCUCUUCGCAUGUGUGUUUGCCAAGUACUACUACAUUUGGGUUAACAAGAAGAGAGAUGAAAAAUGGAAUGCCAUGUCCAUUGAUGAGCAAGAAGAAUACAUCAGAAACCCUCGUCAUGAUGGUAACAAGAGGUUGGACUUCAGGUUUGUCUACUGA